AUGAAGAUCUGUUUAUAUCAGGCAGUUAUGAUAAGACUAUUCAGUUUAGGGUAAAGCAAAUUGAAUGGAUCUGUUCAUAAACACUCAAAGAUCAUCAAAAUUUUGUUUGUUCAUUAAGUUUCCUUGACUAAUAAAAUUAAGUUAUUUCUUGUGGAUAUCAAAAUUAAUCUUAAUAAUUGA